AUGGGAGAUGUCGAAGAAUUCAAUGAUGAAUCGACUCCGCUCACACCUUACCCAUACUGCAUUGCUGUGUUUAGCGACUCUUCGGCUAACAUGGCGGCCAAAAAUUUCGUGUUCUGUACAAGUCUGCUACUGCUGUUAUUACUGGGGUUGUACAAUUACAUCAUAAACGUUGAGAAAAAUGCUUGUGAAAUGACAUGGAUGUGGGAAAAGCCUGAAUAUCAGGAAGUAGCAGGGCUACCAGAAAGUGUGCAGAAUCUAUUUCCACAUUAUUCACUACAUUUAUAUGGUGAAGGCGCCUAUGCACAGCGAUCAAAGAAUAUGAAGCUGAAUGGUAUACCAGUGUUGUUUAUCCCUGGAAAUGCUGGUAGUUAUAAACAAGAUUAUGUACAUGUCUGUUUGAAGCAUAUUCUAUCUUUGUAUGGGCAAUCUAAAAACCCUCCACAAUCAGUGGUGAUAGUAGGACACUCAGUGGGUGGUAUAUUAGCUCGUGCCUUGUUCACACUACCAGACUUUGAUCCAAGCUUAGUCCAUACUAUUAUAACCCAGGCUUCACCUCAUAGAGCACCUGUUGUGGAAGUGGACAGACCAAUGACAGACUUCUAUCAUAAAGUUAACCAGAUGUGGAAGAAGAAUCAGAACAGUUCUGUAUUACAAAAAGUGACUGUGCUAUCAGUGGGUGGUGGUGGAAGGGACCAUGUGGUACGUGCCGGGCUGACGUUAACGAAAGAUAUCAUAGCUGACGAUAGACGAGUCGAUGCUGUGAGUACCGCAAUUCCCAAUGUAUGGGCCUCCGCUGAUCAUCUAUGUAUUGUAUGGUGCAGACAGUUGGUAUUGGCAACAAAAAGAGCCAUGUUUGACAUGAUUGACCCAACCACAAAGCAGAUAAGUACCGAUGCAGAAUUCAAAAUGGAAAUCUUUAGACAUCAUUUUGACAGAAACAGUGGAAGAAAUAAACCCUCUGUCAAAACACAGUCUCCACCAAAGUAUACAGGUAAAAAAUGGGUCACUGUUAAUGAGAAUAUAUGGAAUAAACCUCAAGAAAUGAAAAAGCCAGCAGAAAAUACCCACUACAUGUUACCACUUAGUGAACACAUGUAUGAUAGUGUUGUGAUUAUAUCCAAUAUCAAUAGAGACCAGUGGAUAUCAGGCUGUGUUCAGACUAAUGGUUCUCAGUGUCUACAGGGUAUUGAUAUCUCCCAUAAAGCUGAAGUAAUUCCACCACUUUACACCAAUUAUAAAGUCUUACAUGAAAGUAUUGCUGAUUUCACGAAGGAAAAAAUAUCGCAUCUAGUUAUUACAGUACCGAAGCUUCUUAAGACUGAUAUUAAGGUGGAGUUCUACAACAGUACUGAAAGACGUAUACAAUUUACGAGUCCUAACGUGUUCUUGUCAGCCCAAACUCACACUGUAAUUGAGGAAACACAGCCAGGGCAGACAUUUGUUAACAUGGAGUUACAGGGAUUUAAUUUGGUACACCAAGCACAUAAUGUCAUGUUAACUCCAAUAAAAUGUCAAGACGACAUUGAACCAAAUGCCAAUGUUACAAUGCGUAUGUUUGUACCCUGGUACAGAGAAGAUGUCUACUCUGUUUCCAAGGCAACAGAGGCUAACAAAUUGUUGCUACGACUACAAAUGAACAGACCAGCAAAUGAUGAGAGACUAGUUCAAGUUCACAUGUAUCUCAAUCCUAAAUGUCAGUAUAAAGUAGAGAUGAAAUCUAGCUUCUCUGACUGCAUGGGCCAGGUGAUACGGUUCUAUGCUGCAUUGUUGCCUUCAUUCAUCGUCAAUAAUAUCAUAUUGGCUUUCUCAAGACAACUACAGUUAUUGAGCACCAAUGAAAUUUGCCAGUCAUUUACAUAUGUUCAAUCUGACUACAACAAACCAUUCAAAGUUGUGCCAUUCGUCGUUGUUCUUAAGUUAUUAGUUGGGAUUGAUGCUGUAGACCAAGUAUGGCAAUCACUACGGAUACCAAAGCUGGAUGUGUUGGUUAUGGAAGACAAUUAUUUUGGUUUUGGAGCUGUAGGAUUAGUUAUGUUCAUAUUUGCCUAUGCAGUAAUAUGGCUGGUGGCACAUAUAAUUACAAUAUUGGUCAAAACUGCCGGGAAAAUCAUCAUGAUCACACUUGCACGUAAGAUUGAGAUUAAAAAGAACACUGUGUCUACCGGUUCACCAUGGUUGUUAUAUUUAUUCGUGGGUGUUCUUUUAUCACUGUCAAUGCGUUUAUGUGGAACAGUGGGUUUGGUACUAGGAUUAAUAAUUUAUUUUUUUAAGGUUGCUAGACACUAUGCAGUUGUAGAAAGGACAAGGCUUUGUCUGAAUUUGCCUGAACAAUCACACGAAUCAAGCAAGAAAGAAGAGGACAAGGAUUCACAGAUUUCAGAAUCUCUGUUAGAUGCUGAGAAUACCUUCCAUUAUCAGUUUACAAUACUCCUAUUAUGGUGUGCGUUAGUGGCUCUCAAUUUUACACCACUUGUACUUUGGAUCAAAAACAUGCAAUUAACUAUGCAUCUUGCUAAUGAUCCUUCUAUAUUGACCUCUAUACCUGCAUGUGUGUCACUGAUGUUUCUACUAGACCCGAGAUAUAAACUACCAGCUAAUCGGAGUCGUCUACCGCUGAUUUCCAAAUUGAUGCUUUUCUCUUGUAUCGGAUUAGCUUCUAUUGGUAUGUUGUCUUUCUAUCGUGUGUCACUAGUUAUUGCUGGUGUGCUCGGAAUCGUUGCUUUUGGUACAGCACUAGAUGCGAGCAUUUAAUUAUGUUUUUAACAAAUCACAGAUUUUAAUCAACUUUUGUUAAUUUCAAGGUAAAUAUUGUAAAAUUAAUUAUGUAAUUUCUUUGCAAGCUCAAUUUACAGAAUGUACUUUCAUUGUCACUGUAAGUUUAGAAAUUGAGUCAACAUUAUCAUU